CGGGGGAAUAUCGCCCCGCCCCUUCCGCGCGGCGCCGGGGCGCAGCGCAAACAUGGCGGCUACUGGCUCGGGCCGGUGAGGCGGUGCCGGGCGGGGGCUGUUGGGUGUCAUGGGUGGUGGCGGCGGCACCGCCCCCGCGUCUCCCUGAGAGGGACGGCAGGGGGGCCCUCUGCGCUGGGCCGGGCAAUGGACGAGAGCAGCGAGCUGGCUGGUCUAGAGACCAUGGAGACCCUCACGGAGCUGGGUGAUGAGCUGACCCUGGGGGAUAUCGACGAGAUGCUGCAGUUUGUCAGUAAUCAAGUGGGAGAGUUCCCUGACUUGUUUUCAGAGCAGCUAUGUAGCUCCUUCCCUGGCAGUAGUGGUGGCGGCGGAGGCGGCGGCAGUGGCAGCGGCAGCAGCAGCAGCAGUGGCAGAGGCAGCAGCGGUGGAGCCGUGGAUCCCUCCAUGCAACGAUCAUUCAGCCAGGUCCCAUUACCUUCAUUCUCUCCCUCAGCUGCUUCUCCCCAGACUCCAGCCCUGCAGGUCAAGGUCCCUCCCACCGCCAUUCCCACCCCACCGAGAACAACUCCUAUUCUUCAGCCCCGCCCCCAGCCCCAGACUCAGCCUCAAGCUCAGCUGCAACAACAGACAGUAAUGAUCACCCCAACGUUCAGCACUGCUCCUCAAACAAGGAUCAUCCAGCAGCCUUUAAUAUACCAGAAUGCAGCUACCAGCUUUCAAGUCCUUCAGCCUCAAGUCCAAAGCCUGGUGACAUCCUCCCAGGUGCAGCCGGUCACAAUCCAGCAGCAGGUGCAGACUGUACAGGCCCAACGGGUACUGACACAGACAGCUAAUGGAACGCUGCAGACCCUUGCCCCAGCUACGGUGCAGACAGUUGCAGCGCCCCAGGUGCAGCAGGUUCCGGUCCUGGUCCAGCCUCAGAUCAUCAAGACAGAUUCCCUUGUUUUGACCACACUGAAGACAGAUGGCAGUCCUGUUAUGGCGGCAGUCCAGAACCCAGCUCUCACUGCCCUCACCACUCCUAUCCAGACAGCCGCCCUUCAAGUACCAACACUGGUGGGCAGCAAUGGGACCAUUCUGACCACAAUGCCUGUGAUGAUGGGACAAGAGAAAGUGCCCAUUAAGCAGGUACCUGGAGGGGUAAAGCAGCUCGAACCCCCCAAAGAAGGAGAAAGGCGGACGACACACAAUAUCAUUGAGAAACGAUAUCGUUCUUCCAUCAAUGACAAAAUCAUUGAAUUGAAAGACCUGGUCAUGGGGACAGAUGCCAAGAUGCAUAAGUCUGGCGUCCUGAGGAAGGCCAUUGAUUACAUCAAAUACUUGCAGCAGGUCAAUCAUAAACUGCGCCAGGAGAACAUGGUGCUGAAGCUGGCAAAUCAGAAAAACAAGCUCUUGAAGGGCAUCGACCUAGGCAGUCUGGUGGACAAUGAGGUGGACCUGAAGAUAGAGGACUUUAAUCAGAAUGUCCUUCUGAUGUCCCCCCCAGCUUCUGACUCAGGGUCCCAGGCUGGCUUCUCCCCAUACUCCAUUGACUCUGAGCCAGGAAGCCCUCUGUUGGAUGAUGCAAAGGUCAAAGAUGAGCCAGACUCGCCUCCCGUAGCGCUGGGCAUGGUGGACCGCUCACGAAUUCUGCUGUGUGUCCUCACCUUCCUGUGCCUCUCCUUUAACCCCCUGACUUCCUUGCUGCAAUGGGGAGGGUCCUCCGACUCUGACCAGCAUACAUACUCGGGCUCUGGCCGCAGUGUACUAUCAUUCGAGUCAGGUUCUGGGGGCUGGUUUGACUGGAUGAUGCCAACUCUUCUCUUAUGGCUGAUAAAUGGUAUGAUUGUCCUGAGUGUCUUUGUGAAGCUGCUGGUCCACGGGGAGCCAGUGAUUCAGCCACACUCACGCUCCUCAGUCACCUUCUGGAGACACCGGAAGCAGGCAGACCUGGACCUCUCCAGGGGAGAUUUUGCAGCUGCUGCUGCCAACCUACAAACCUGCUUGUCGGUUUUGGGCCGGGCGCUGCCUACAUCCCGCCUGGACCUGGCCUGCAGCCUCUCCUGGAAUGUGAUCCGCUACAGCCUGCAGAAGCUACGUCUUGUGCGCUGGCUCCUCAAGAAAGUCUUCCAGCGCUGGCGGGCCACCGCAGCAGGCUUCGAGGAUGAAGCUAAGACCAGUGCUCGGGAUGCAGCCCUGGCCUAUCACAGGCUGCACCAACUACACAUCACAGGGAAGCUUCCUGCAGGAUCCACCUGUUCAGAUGUGCACAUGGCCUUGUGUGCUGUGAACCUGGCUGAAUGUGCAGAGGAGAAAAUCCCACCAAGCACUCUGGUUGAGAUCCAUCUGACUGCUGCCAUGGGGCUCAAGACCCGGUGUGGGGGCAAGCUGGGCUUCCUGGCUAGCUACUUCCUCAGUCGAGCCCAGAGCCUGUGUGGCUCCGAGCGCAGUGCUGUCCCUGACUCCCUGCGCUGGCUCUGCCACCCUCUGGGCCAGAAGUUCUUCAUGGAGCGGAGCUGGUCCGUGAAGUCAGCUGCCAAGGAGAGUCUGUACUGUGCCCAGAGAAACCCAGCUGACCCCAUUGCCCAGGUCCAUCAGGCCUUCUGCAAAAACCUUCUGGAGAGAGCUGUGGAGUCCUUGGUCAAACCCCAGGCCAAGAAGAAGGCUGGAGACCAUGAAGAAGAGAGUUGUGAAUUCUCCAGUGCUCUAGAGUACCUGAAAUUACUUCAUUCCUUUGUGGACUCUGUGGGGAUUGUGACUCCGCCACUCUCCAGUAGCUCCGUGCUCAAGUCGGCCCUGGGUCCAGAUGUCAUCUGUCGGUGGUGGACGUCCGCAAUCACCAUUGCCAUCAGCUGGCUCCAGGGAGACGACGCAGCUGUGCGCUCUAAUUUUACCAAAGUAGAGCGUGUCCCCAAUGCCCUGGAAGUGACAGAGAGCCCCCUGGUGAAAGCUGUCCUCCACGCCUGCAAAGCCAUGCACGCCUCACUCUCUGGGAAAGCAGAUGGACAGCAGAGUGCCCUCUGCCAUUGUGAGAGGGCCAGUGGCCACCUUUGGAGCAGCCUCAACGUCAGUGGGGCCACCUCUGACCCCACCCUCAACCACGUAGUCCAGUUGCUGACCUGUGACCUGCUACUAUCACUGCGGACAACUCUCUGGCAAAAGCAGGCAGGCACCAGCCAGGCCCUGGGCGAGACAUAUCACGCAUCGGGUGCUGAGCUAGCUGGCUUCCAGCGGGACCUGGGCAGUCUUCGCAGGCUGGCGCACAGCUUCCGCCCAGCUUACCGCAAGGUGUUCCUGCACGAAGCCACCGUUCGCCUAAUGGCAGGAGCCAGCCCCACCCGUACCCAUCAGCUGCUGGAGCACAGCCUACGGCGGCGCACUCCCCAGAACACCAGGCAUGGAGAGGUGGAUGCCUGGCCCGGCCAGCGAGAACGGGCCACUGCCAUCCUGCUGGCUUGCCGCCACCUUCCCCUCUCCUUCCUUUCCUCCCCGGGCCAGCGGGCUGUGCUGUUGGCCGAGGCCGCCCGCACCCUGGAGAAGGUGGGCGACCGGCGCUCCUGCAACGACUGCCAGCAGAUGAUUGUAAAGCUGGGUGGCGGCACAGCCAUCGCCGCCUCCUGACCACUGGGCUCAGCCAACCGCCCUCCACCUGUUUGUCUCUGUCUCUCUUCCCCAGGAUCUUCCCCCCAAAAGCUGUGGGGACAAGCCUUGUUACCUUGAGGCUUUUGGACCACCUCAGGCCAGUGGGCCCCUGGGCGGAGACCCUUAGAGCUGCUGUCAAUAGAUGCCCAUGGUCCAGGGCCUGGUAGGCUUGAGAGGAAAAAUGGCAGGGCCAGAAUUGGGGGUACCCCUGGCUUAAGAACACAGGGGGAGCUCCCACGCUGUCUAGCCCCUUCCUCCAGCCCUCCUGAGUUCUCUCCCUCCCUGAAUCUCUCUCACCUUUUUGCUUCCUCAUUUUUUUAUCAGGCUUUCUCUCUGGGGGACAUGGGUCUUUGGGCACCAGAGAGCAAUUUGCCCUCAGGACUAUGCGGCAUGCCCUACCCCUCUUUUUAUACGAAUGUUUUUAUAUCCAUGUGCUUGGGUUUGCCCUGACACAGGGCUAAGUUGCUGUAGCAUCUUCAUCUCUCCCUGGUCUACGUCCCCUUCUCCUGUGUCUGACUAAGCCAAUUGUUUUCUCUCAAUUACAUAGGAUCACCAGGGAAGGAGGGGGAGCCCCACCCAGGGAGGCUGUUGGGAGGCAGGGGACAGGCCUGGGGACAGAUAAAAUAAUGUCAGCAUUAUUUUUUAAUUUUUUAAAAAAUAAAUGGUAUCUUAUUUAAUUGUCCUGUUCCUUCCCACUCCCCCGCCUCCUAGGAUGUCAGCCUAAGCUCAGGGUAGGCCAGGGGGGCAGGGAGAGAUGAAGCCACCCCUUUGGACUGGGGCCCAGGGCCUUCAUUGUGGUUCCUCGGUUCUGUCCUACCUCUCCCACAACUCCUACCUCUGUGGUACAGACUGUCCCCUACCCUCCAUGGUUCAACUUAAAAUUUUUUUGAUUUUACGAUGGGUUUCUUAGGGUAUUCAAUGAAUUUUUGACUUAAAAUAUUUGACAUUGAUGAUGGCUUUAUUAGGACCUAACCCCAUUGUAAUUUGAGGAGCAUCUGUAUAUUUUUAUCCCUAAUUCUUGACCUGGAAAAUAAGCCAGGGUAUCAGAGCCCAGCCCCCAACCCCACCCUAGCAUCAAGCCCUUCUUUUCAGAGUGGGCACUAAGAUCAAAGUUCCUUGUCUUGAUAGGGCUCCCACGAGAAAAAGUGGUCCCACUUUUCUGGAUUCCCUGGCUUGCUGCCUCCACAGAGGCUUUUUCUCAUUUCUCUCCACGACUCCUGAGAGACUGAGAGAGACCCUGUGCUUCUUGUCCCCUCAGGCUGGUUAGAGCAGAGGGCUGGCAGGAACCCUUGCAGACUGGGGGUACUCACAGCAGGGGCCCUGGAAUGGGUCAGCCUCCUUGUCCUUCCCUGGGGUGUGCCUGGACCCCACCUGCUUUAAUCUCCUGUCCCUCCCCCACUUUCACUGUAAUUUAUGGACCCUGCCCAGCCACGUGUCGUGUGUGCAUACUGUGCCUUUUCUCAUUAUUGUUGAGGGUGAGAAGGGGUGGCUUUUCACUGAAAAGGGUAUACACCUAUGGCUUCCUUGAUGUUGAAUCAUUCACCAUGUCCCAGACUUAGGUUAUUCAAUAAACACCAAUUGGUACCACCUAA